GACCAAUACCUGAUGGGUUCUCCUACGGAACUGAUCUCGUCAAGUUCAUCAGAGAACUUUAUGGAGACUAUUUCACCAUCUGUGUGGCAGGUUUACAACCCCUCUCUCCUUCCUCUCAUCUUUUCAUCUUUCCUUUUCUCCUCCCUAACUUCUUUACGCUUCAACCGAUUUUAUGCAAAAGUCACUGAUACUUUUUUAUACAAAUUUAGCUGUUUUUGGACCAUAGUUGGCAAGUAUUUUGAUGUAGAUGCUUCCUUAUUUUUUGCAUGAAAUAUAAAAAUGCGAGUUAUGAAAUAAAAAUGCCUCACUAAUUUGGAAACGUCUUUCUGUCACGCAACAUUAAUGUCCUGAUUAGAGGAGAUUUGCUGUAGUUAAUGAUUCAGGUUAAUCUGGUCAGUCCGGUUUUGUAAACGGGUUUGUCCCUGUAAUUCCAGGUUAUCCCCACGGUCACCCGGACUGCGCCAACUACGAUGAGGAUAUUCAACAUCUGAAGGAGAAGGUGGACGCGGGCGGCAGAUUUCAUCAUCACGCAGCUGUUCUUCGAGGCCUCAACUUUCAUCAAGUUCUACCAUGACUGCAGGAGGAUUGGGAUUACUGUUCCCAUCAUGCCAGGAAUACUGCCCAUUCAGGGCUACAGGAGUCUGCACAAUCUGACAAAGCUAUCGAAACUGGAGGUUCCUCGAAACAUCAUGGACGCCAUCUUACCCAUCAAAGAUGACGACGCCGCGAUCCAAAAGUUUGGCAUCAGUUUUGCCGUCAACAUGUGCAAAGAGCUACUCAACUCUGGACUGGUGAAUGGUCUACAUUUCUAUACUCUGAAUCGAGAGGUCGCCACUAUUUCAAUCCUUACUGAACUAGGAGGAGGCCUUCAUGUUGUGGGGGACCCACUGGGCCAGUCUCUACAGCCCCGAGUCCACCUCCCACCACAUCAUCUCACACAUCCAGAACACCUACUACCUCGUCAACCUCGUCGAUAA